UUUUUUUUGAAAAAAAUGAUAACCAAUAUAUUUGCUAAAUUAACUAAUAAAUUUUAUCUUUUUUAUCCACGACAAUCAUCAUCAUCUACAUUGUUUAAUACAAAUUCUUCACGACAUCAUCAACAACAACAACAACAACAACGAAAACGAAAUGAUUCACUUAGUUCAUCAUCAUCGAUGGCUACAAUGAUUAUGAAUGGUGUGACUAUGCCAUCGAUAUCUCGUAAUGGUGGACCAACAGCCAAAUUUCUUAUUAAAUCACCGAUGAAUGGCGGAUCUGCUUUACAUUCUAAUUUUCAUAAUCAAAACAAUGAAGAAGAUGGUGAUGGUGAGUUGACACAAAAUAUUAAUAUCGAACAUAAUCCAAACAAAAAUAUCGAUGAUAAUUAUCACCAUCAUCUACAUAUACCUGGUCAUAAUUCAUCAACAUUUGGAUACAAUGUUAAUAUUGAUGAUGAUCAAGCCAAAAUGAUGAAUUCAAAUAUUUUGGAAAUCGAUCAUCGACAACAAACUCGAACAAAAAAAUAUUCAGUACAAAAUAAUGGAAAUGUGAUUGAACGAAAUGGUGUUGUACCAUUAUUAAAUCGUCAUAAUUCAAAUAUAACAACAGUGCCAUCAUGUACCAUAUCAAUAAAUGGUGGCCAUAAUCAACAAAGUGAUCAAAAAUCUAUUCCUUCUAAUCAUCAUAAUCACCGAUUUCAUCGAUUUUUUGGUUCAACAUCAUCAUCAUCAUCAUCACCAUCACCAUCUACACCAACGACAGCGACUGAAACAACAAUGUCAUCAAAUUUAUCAUUGAAUGGUCAUAGGAAAAAAUCUUGGAAAACAAUUCUCUGUUCAUGGAUUUUGACUAUAUUGGCCAUAUUGAUUAUUAUCGGUAUCUCAUUUGCAAGUGGAUUAUUAGCUGCUCAAUAUAUCUACAAAUCUUACUGUGAUGUAUCAUCAAUCUCAUCCGAAAGAAAUCAUUUAAUCUCAUCGAAUAAUCAACAACGGCUAUCAUCACAAGACAAUGAUGGUCAAAAUCAGCGUAUUGGUCGUUUUAAUCGACUUGGUCAUAUCUGGUCAUAUACGACAAAAACGCCAGAAAACAAUAAUAAUAGUAAUAACAUCGAAAAUAGUACAUUGAAUAUCAAUACGACAACGUUGAAACCAAUCUCAAUGGUCAUCUAUAGUGUUGAUCCAAUAAAAGAUGAUCUUGAUGAUAAUAAGUUCAAUCAAAAUUUAUCAACAACAACUGAAUCAAAUAUAAAUGAUGAUAAUGAUUCAAUAAUGACGACAACAACAACAACAACAACAUUGCCUCCAUAUUCAAAUAGAUCCCGAAAUUUUGUGCAACAAAAUCCAACCAGUCCGCAACCAUUUACUUCUGAAACACCUUUAUCACUAACUACUAUAUCGUCGCCGGAAAACAAGAAAGAUGAGAAUGAAAAAAAUGAUGGAAAUGAAAAAACAAUAUCCAAGACUUUGUCAUCCUCACCAACACCACCAACUACGACGAUGGUAUCGACUAGUGAAUCAUCUAAUUUUCUAUCCACAUUAAUUGAUGAAUAUAAUCAAUCAUUAAAUGAAACGAUAAACGAAACUAGCCAUGAAGCCGGUGAUAUUCUUUAUCCUAUAUUUAAUUUUUCAUCCACACCUGUUGCCGAUAUGACAACAUUAGAAUUUCAAGAAUCAAAUAGAACGGAAACCAUUUCCGACGAAGUAAUUUCCAAUUCAACAACUGUUGAAGAUGAAAUUACCCAAACGACAACAAUAGAUCCUUCAACUGAAUUGAGGUUCAAUUCAACAAAUUCUGUCAAUAUUCCCAGUAUUAAUUCUUCUAUUGAUCCGGAUUCUUAUUUGGUUCCUAGUUGGUUUGUUCCAGAUGAUUUGUACGAUCAAACGGAAUCUGUGUUAUCAGAAACAACAACCAUGAGAAUAACAGAAAAAGCAAUGAUAGAUGAUGAAAAUUUAUCCUCAACAUUUUUUUCAAAUGAUACCGACAUUAAUGAUGAUGAAUUUACUACAGAAAUAUCGAAUAAUAAAACAGAUAGUUUAAAUAAUGUUAACGAAACUAUAAAUGGGUCGAAUGAUUUUAUUACAACCACAUUACUACCGGAAACUAAUCGAACGGGACGAAUAUUUAGUUCUACUGAAAAAGUUGAAGAAAUUGAUGAUGAGCAUCUUAUGAUCCAUAAUGAGAAUACAACAAUAACAAAUGAUAUUAACAAAACAAAUCAAACAAUGGCCAUAAAUAAUGUGACCAAUUUACCCAUUAUCGAGCAACUUUCAGCAUCAUUUUGUCUUGAUACACAAUUUCAAUGUCCAAAUACUACUUCAUCGGAAUGUUUUGAUAAAUCUCAUAUCUGUGAUGGAAUUGUAGAUUGUCCACAAGAUCAUUUUGAUGAACUUGAUUGUAUGGAAAAAAAUUGCGGACAAAAUUUUCGUUGUGGUCAAUCCAUACCACCAGUUUCUGUAGCAGAUGUAAAUGAAACUAUACCAUUUAACAAUUUUUCAAUUGCAAUGGAAACAGUUUCGAUAAAAUCUAAAUCUAUCGAACAAUGUAUACCUCGUUCAUAUUAUUGCGAUGGUAUAUGGGAUUGCAUUGAUGGUUCUGAUGAAAUCGAUUGCCAUAUCGAUAAAUGUGAAGUUGGUAAAGUUUUAUGUCGUGAUAACAGUGCUUGUAUAACUGGAAAACAGGCAUGUGAUGGUUUAUAUAAUUGUCGUGAUCGUUCUGAUGAAGCUGGUUGUGAUGCGCAAUCUACUUGUGAAUCUAAGGGUAAAUUUUAUUGUGAUGAUAAUGCACUUUGUAUUAGUAAAUCAUUGGUUUGUGAUGGUAUUGCUGAUUGUCUUAAUGGUGCCGAUGAAAAAGAAUGCGUAAAAUCGGAAACAUGUAGUGCUGAAGAUUCAAAAUUUUUCUGCCAAAAUUCAGCCGAAUGUAUUGAUCGUAGUAAGCGUUGUGAUAAUCACGUUGAUUGUAUGGAUUAUUCCGAUGAAGAUCGUUGCAUCGAAUCAGAUUUGGAGGAUUUCGUAUAUGCAUAUAAUAGUGCAAAAAAUCAUUGGUCAUUAUUAUGUGUUAACACACUAUUCAAUCAUGAUGAUGCUGAUCAAAUCUGUACAAAAAUGGGAAUGUCAUAUGCUGUUGAUUUUACAACCAUAAAAAUUGGUCAUCUUUUAAAUGAAUCAACAUGGGCUAUUUUUUCAAAUUCAUCAUCGUCGAAAAUUGCUUCAUUCGAAGAUAUCUGUAUGGAUAAUCUUACGCCAAAGAUUGUUUGUGCAAAUCUUUAUUGUGAUUCUCGUGAACAAUUUAAAAAACCAAAUCUUACCUGGAAUGAAAUUCCUACACCAAUUCACAUUCAUAAUUCUACAAAUAGUAAUCAAACAUGUGUUGCAUAUACAUUAUCUCCAAAAUGGCUACUUACAAGUGGACAAUGUUUAAUAAAUUCCAAUUUAACUCAUCAAAAUCUUACUGCUAAUGUUGGUGGAAAAGAAUUCCCAAUUGAACGUGUACGUGUACAUACAAAAUAUUCAGUAUUUCGUACGAUUCGAUUUCCCGAUUAUGAUAUGGCAUUGAUAGAAACUAGUGAUACGAUACCAGAACAAUUAUUAAAUCAUUCAUCAAUAUGCUUGCCUAGUUCUAAACUUGAUCCAGAAAUAACUUGUUUUAUUGGAAAUUAUCGAAAUAGUGAUACAGCAUUCAAAGUUUUAGAAUCAUCUUAUUGUAAUUCAACGAAACAUUUUGCCGGAUCAUUAACAGAUCGUUUUGUUUGUGCAACUGAAGACGGUGGAAAUAGUAAUGUUCAAUCAAAACCUGGUGUUUGUCUACCACCAUAUUUACCAUUAAUAUGUUUGAGUAGUCAAUCAUAUUGGUAUAUAGCAGGCUAUUCAUCCCAUCAACAUGGAUGUGAUCCAUUAACCGGUCAUCCAAUAUUUCGUGGCUAUUUACCACAUCCAACAUUAUUCUCAAAUCUCUUUGCAAUGAAACCAUUUAUUGAUCAAACACUUGGUCGUGGAACUUAUCGUCAAAAACGAUUGAAAUUGAAUGAAAUAAGCCAUCAUAAUGGACCAGAAAUCAGUGAACAGCCUAAUGUGAAUGAGGCAAAACGUGCAGUAUUCCUUGUUGCCGGUAGUGUAGAAGAACAACAAUGGAUGAUGGAACAGGAUGCUAGAAAACAAAAAAGUAUCAAUAUCAACAAUACGAUUAAUGCAAAUGGAAAUUCAACGAUUAAAACUGAUUUAAAAACAAAUUUCACUGUUCAAAAUUUUACCAAUAAUUCAAAUGAUUCGGAAAUCAAACCAAUCAUCAUAUCAAAUUCGAACAAUUUAUCAUCAAAUGAAAUGGAAAAGGAAAUGAUUGUGACGACAACUUUAAUACCAUCUACUGGAGAUGUAUCUAAUUUUACAAAUGAAAAUGUCACGUUUAAAGAUGAAAAUUUUACUGUAAACUCAUCAUUUUUAUUGAAUAAUUCAUCGGAAACUGAUGAAUCAACUACUGAACAAAAAUUUUUAUCUAAUAGUGAAAAUUUUAUUGGAGAUAUGACAACAACAACAACAACACCACAAACAACAACAUUUUUUACAUUGGAAAUGACCUCAAUUGAUAUCGAUCAUAUCAUAAAUGAAACGAUGUCAAUCCUCGAUGAAUCUACGUUUGUACCCGAUGAACAGUCAGAUAGUAAUCGAUUUGAAAAGACGACUACAAAAACAUUGGUGACAAAUACAAUUAGUUCGAUGGUGCCGUUCAAUCAUUCAGAUUUUCAAGCAGAAAAUUCUUCCAAAAAUCUUACAUUUACGGAUGAUCAGGAAAAUGAAACUUAUGAUCAAAUGAAAUAAAUAGCUAAAAAUCAUUUUUUUUAAAUACUUCAUUCAAAAUGAAUUUGCAGAUUUUUCUUUUCAAAAGAAAAACAAAUUUUUGGCCAUAUUGUGAAUCAUAGAAA